GCAAAUACAUUGAUCUGCAUAAUCUCCUAGAUGCUAAAGGACUAAAUAUUCAUAUUCAUUCACCGACCUUUACAACAGACGUGGCUGAUUGCAGAUUGCAGUUUAUGGUAAGGUAUAAACUGUGUUUACCUGUAUGAGGAACCUAUUCUGGCUGCUGCUUUCCAUAAGAAAACUAGAUUGGAGUUGACAACAGCUGUACAUCAUUCUAAGCAUCUUUUUAUAAUUUACCUUACAAAAUUAGGCUAUUUUUGGAUUUACAUGGAGGAAAAUAUUAUUGUAUAAAAAAUACAAGCCACUAAGAAACAUUCAAGUAAAGAGUGGCGUAAUUAUUGACUGUGCUAAAUCUCUGCAUUUCUCCAAGUGUAAUAUGGCACAAAGUUGUGGAAAUACAUUAAGAAGAAUUGAAGAAGGGGAAUAAGCACAAUGCAAAAGGAGAUUUAUUCCAGGUCCUUCUUGUAACUUUACAUAGAAAGAAACCUUUUUUUUUUUUUUAUCAUCCAAGCAUCAAGAAUGGGAAACUUCCUCAGAAAGCACUGCAGGUGCUUGAUGCCCUGUUUUUUAUCAGAAAAUAAAAAAUAUGGGAAGGAUGAUAUUGUCAUUGAGAACCCCAAUGGGCACGUAUUGGAUCAAGUUGUCAUUGAUGUGCCUCAUAGGCCUCAAUGGGAACAGAAAAAAAGUAACCAAACAGACAUAUAUGUGGCAUUAUAUAAUUAUCAGGCACGUACACCUGAAGAGCUAAGUUUUAGUGCUGGAGACAAAAUGUAUAUUCUAAGUUUUCCUCAUCCCAGCUGGUGGAAAGCUAAGGCCUUAGAAACAAAAGGAAAAUCUGAGGGAUUCGUACCAGCCAACUAUGUUGCUCCUAUCUCAAGCAUUGAGUCCAAGCCGUGGUACUUCCAAAACAUCAGACGAGCAGAAGCUGAGAAUCUGUUAACUAUGCCUGGUAAUCAAACUGGAGCGUUUUUAAUCAGAGAAAGUGAAAGUCAAAAAGGAGAUUUCUCUCUAUCUGUGUUGGAUGGCUAUAUAGUGAAGCACUACAAAAUCCGAAAACUUGACAAUGGAGGAUUUUACAUAUCUACAAAAACCACAUUUCAAAACAUGACUGCACUUGUUGAACAUUACUGUAAGAAGAUGGAUGGACUGUGCUGCAAGCUAACAAAACCAUGCUUAAAGAUAGAAGUUCCUCUCCCUCCAGACUUGUCUUACAAAACCGCAGACCAGUGGGAAAUUGACCGUGACUCUCUGAAGUUAUUGAAAAAGCUUGGGCAUGGACAGUUUGGGGAAGUCUGGGAAGGAUUAUGGAACAAUACCAUUUCCGUUGCCAUUAAAACAUUAAAGCCAGGAUCAAUGAAUCCACAGGAUUUCUUAAGGGAAGCGCAAAUUAUGAAAAACCUUAGACAUCCAAAACUUAUCCAGCUGUAUGCAGUCUGCACUUUAGAGGAGCCAGUGUAUAUUAUUACAGAGUUAAUGAGACAUGGAAGUCUGCAGACAUAUCUUCAAAAUGAUCAAGGAGCAACAAUCAAAGUGCCUCAGAUGGUGGACAUUGCGUCACAGGUAGCUUCAGGAAUGGCCUACCUGGAAAUCCAAAACUAUAUCCACAGAGACUUGGCAGCCAGAAAUGUACUUGUUGGAGAAAAUAAUGUUUACAAAGUAGCAGAUUUCGGACUAGCCAGAGUUUUUGAGAUGGAAGAUGAUGUGUACGAGCAAAAAAGUGAUGUUAAGCUUCCACUGAAAUGGACAGCACCAGAGGCAGUUCGCUCAAAUAAAUUCACAGUAAAGUCUGAUGUCUGGGCUUUUGGAGUCUUGCUCUGUGAAAUAGUUACAUUUGGAAAAAUGCCUUACCCCGGGUUUUCAGGAAGGCAGACUAUAGAGAAAUUGGAGCUAGGAUAUAGAAUGCCUCAACCACCUAACUGCCCUCUGGACCUAUACAACAUCAUGUUGGAGUGCUGGAAAAAAAAUCCAGAGGAGCGUCCAACAUUUGAAACAUUGCAAUGGAGAUUAGAAGAUUAUUUUGAAACAGAAGCUACAUCUUACCAUGAAUCUAAUGCAUUUGAACGAUAAAAUCUACAACAAAGGAUACAAGUGAAAUCCAAUAAAACCUCAAUAAUGAACUAGUCAUAGAAAAACCUGUGGUCAUCACAUUGUGUCAGACCACAUCAUGUGAAGGAAAAUCAAACUCAUUUCAACACAACCAACGUGAUACACAGAUGCCAUAAAGGCAACAUGAAUGUGUUUUUUCUUUUAAAAUGACGUAUACAAAAACUCUGAUAUACAUUAUUAACUGUGGAAAUUGACACUAAAGCAUAAUGGCUAAAUGAAGUGCUCUUUCAUCUUCAACUCGUCACUGCUAAUGAAGAACUAUAGUUUACAAAGCUGACACGUGUUGCACAUAUGCACUGAAGAAACUAAGCUUUUCUCGUCACUCCAAUUCUUAUAGUAUUCUUUAGGACCUAUGCAAGAGCAGUUACACACUUCUCCGAACUAUAGUGAAUGAGUUCCAUAGAAUGAUAAACUAGAGACCUAGGAAUGUUUCCAGAGUCUUAUCUUGUGAAAUGACUCAUCUCUUUAACCAUUAAAUGCUGUAUUACUUUCUUUUUUACAUGAAGUUUAUCAUGGUCUUCCAUAAAGGAAAAAUACAGUAUAAAAUGUUUAAAAGUGAUAAGUCCAUAAAAUAGCAAAUUGUA